UUAUUCGCAAAUCUCUCCUUUUCCAGGAACAACCGUCUGAUGCAACAACAGCAGCAGCAGGUCCAUCAGCAGAACUCGGUGGCCCUGGUCGCGCGGCCGUCCGGCCUGAAGAAGCAUCUGGACGGCGCCGACCCGGAUCGCAUCACGCUGGUUGUGGACAACACGACGUUCUCGAUCAAUCCGGCCCUGUUGGCCCACCCGAACACGAUGCUCGGGCGGAUGUUCAGCUCGGGGUUGGACUUUACGCACCCAAACGAGCGCGGUGAGUAUGAGGUGGCCGAUGGGAUCUCGCACACGGUGUUCCGGGCGAUUCUGGAGUACUAUCGGAACGGGAUCAUCCGGUGUCCGCCGACGGUUUCGGUGCAGGAGAUUCGCGAGGCGUGCGAUUAUUUGUUGAUUCCUUUUACGGCGGAAACGAUUCGGUGCCAGAAUCUGCGCGGGCUGUUGCACGAGCUGAGCAACGAGGCGCGUGAGCAGUUUGAGGUGUUGGAGUCGUUGAUACUGCCGCUGAUGGUUGCAUCGGCGCAGCGCGGGGAUCGCGAGUGUCACGUGGUGGUUCUGUCCGAUGAUGACGUCGUGGACUGGGACGAAGAGUAUCCUCCUCAGAUGGGCGAAGAGUACUGCCAGACGGUGUCUAGUACGGCCAUGUACCGCUUUUUCAAGUAUAUCGAAAACCGCGAGGUAGCCAAGCAGGUGCUGAAGGAUCGAGGUCUGAAGAAGAUCCGACUCGGUAUCGAGGGCUAUCCCACGUACAAGGAGAAGAUCAAGAAGCGGGCCAGCGGCCGGGUGGAGGUCAUCUACAACUACUUGCAGCGACCGUUCAUUCACAUGUCCUGGGAGAAGGAGGAGGCCAAGAGUCGUCACGUGGACUUCCAGUGCGUCAAGUCAAAGUCGGUGACGAACCUGGCCGAGGCCACGGCCGAUCCGGCGCUAGAACUGGACUCCGCGGGCAACCCGAUGCCCCAGCGGCACUUUGACAUCUCGAACGAUCCGGACGUGGACGCGAUUCGUCCGAUUGUGGCCGCGGCCAUCGCCAUUGACGGUGGUGGCGGUGCUGUCGCCGCUAAUGCUGCCGCGGUUGCCGCUGCCGGAGUUGCUGCUGCUGCCGCUGCCGUCGCCGCCGCCGCCGAAGAAGGGGCCGUCGGGGUGUGGCCAAUGCCGAAGAAGCGCACAACGUAGACGAGCAGCAGUAGGAGAUCGUAGCCGAAAUUAUCUAAAUCUAAAUCAC